AUGUGCAGUACAGACAACCUUCUGCUUGCCGAGUUGAUCCCCCGCAUCCUCUUUGAGCGACGGCUGUUCCUUGACAUUACCGAGGCCAGUCUCGAACAAGAGAUCGAACAGGGCCAGACGCCGGAGGAAACGGAGGUUUAUCCGCUUACACCACAAGAGGAUGACUCCGAAGACCCAUUGGAGCGGUUCAACCGCCAGACGAUGGACCUCACCAAGAAUAUCAAUCUGGCAUUGAACGAAACCCAGUUGUCGCUCGACUUCGUGCUGUUGCUUCUCCUGCUGAUACGACAGCUGGACAAGAUGACGAUCUCCCCCCACUUACAGAAAAACGUGCCCAUGGGGUCGCUUUCCAGUGACCGGCUUGUGAAAAACCUGUCAUCGACAGACCUGUCAUCAGAGCUCGAUAAAGAUGGCCAACGCGUGGGCCGAGGUUGGAAGAUGGAACUGCACCAGAAAGUAAUUGAUUUGUUCAGUCAGAGCCAUAAGGAUCUCCUGGCACAGCUUGAGAAGGAGAAGCAGUACUGGUCGCAAGUGAACGUUGUCGUGUCUAACCGUGAAGUAUUAUUUAAGACUCGUGAACCUGACCUGAAUCAACGAGCGAUCGGAGUGAAAUACGGUUACGGUGAUCUGGGGCUGAGUUACCAUGAUAAAGGGUUGGCCAUUCUUCGCAAAGUUGAUGAUACUGGUGAAGUUAAGUUUACUCCAGUGACGUCACUGAACCGAGUAAUAGAGAAGACAUUCAAAUACGUGCGGGUGAGAAUCUUAUCCAAAAUCGAUGGCAUCUACUCAUUAACCGGUCAACUGCAGUUCAAGUACGAGGCUCAUGAGGCUGGACUGGGACUCAUUUACGAUAUCGACAAGGCGCGGUAUUUCUUAUUCGAAGAAGACUUAUUCUACCAACUUACUCGUGAAGCGAAGACGUUGAUUAACUAUAACGUCAACAUCAUUUCCGAUAAAAUCAUCUUAGAAGUGAACGAUGAAAUCAUUGAGUUUGAACUGGUAGCCUACGACGAAGCCACCGCAGACGACUUGGACUAUCUGAACGUCAACCAGUACUCAUCCAUCAAUAACGUCAAGUGCCAGAAGAUUUUGGUGUACCUCAAAAUCAUGUUGUGCUGCUACUACAAGUAUAAUCUUCUGCUCAAACAAAAGAUGCCCACUACCCUUACCAAGUGGAAACAAUCACACAGUCAUCCAUUGAUCUUACGACCGCUUCUCGGUAAUAUUCGUCACGAGUUGGACGUGAACCGCAUAGUGGACAUCUUGCACAAAGAACUUGGUGAGUUCAACCCUGAGAUCAAAGCUGAAAAGUAUACCAAUUUGGAAGUGUCUCGUCCCCGUGCCACUGGUGAUAAUCCUUUCCAAAAGCUGGUGGAAAGACCUCACCUGCGCGUGACAGCAGUGGUGUCUCACGCCACUAAUCAACAGAAGCUUAAGAUCCAAAUUGAGCUCACCACGAACGAAAACUUCGUCAACUUAAUCAUGAAAUUGAACAUCACCAAGUUCCCUGACGCCGAACUGAUGAAUAAGAAUCUUAAUGGUGUCAACGCGUUGGCGAUGUCAUUCAAUGACUUCAACGAUAUUGGUGAGUGCCUUGGAUGGUUGGUGCGCAACUUUGUGGACGAGUAA